AUGGCGGCGCCCAGCUCUUGUCCUCUCUCCCUCCAGACUGAAGGCCGGUAUUGCCUGGUGAGCCGCAUUCCGGCCCAGCUUCGCUCCGCCGAUCUCCGUGCCUACUUCAGCCAGGCCGUCGAGGCCGGCGCCUUCCUCCGCUUCCAUUACCGGCACCGGCCGGAGCGCGGAGACGGGCUAAGCCCCGGGCCGACCUGUUGCUGCCUGGUGGCGGUGCAGCCCGGGUGGGCCUGCCGUUUGGGCCGCAUGUAUUCGGGGAAGCGCUGGAUCGACUCACAGGGGGAGACGCUGCCCGGCCGCUGCCUCAUUCGGAGGGUUCGCGUUUCCCUGGACGAAGAUGUCAGCUCAGUUCCAUAUAAAACAAAAAAGGAGCUCCACAAGAAAGCCUCGAGUGAAACUUUUACUGAGGAUGAUUUAAAACAGCUGCCUGAGUUGAACCCUCCUGCAUUUAUGCCCUAUGGGAAUGUGGGUACCCCUUUGAGAGUCUUUUUGGAACUUAUCAAUGCUUGUCGCAUGCCUUCCCGUGCCAUCAGGAAGCUGCAGUUGCAGUUCCCCAAGACUGGCUCCUCUCGCAGAUAUGGAAAUGUGCCAUUUACAUAUGAAGAAACUGAAACUGUUGUAGAGGAGGAGCGGGUUUACACAGCUACUGGAGAGGAGAUAACAGAAGGGGAGCCCCUGCUACCAGUAGGGAGCACAACUGUAAAAGAUGUCAAGGAAGACAGAGACUGGGAAGAUCUGGAGAAGGAAGCAGCAGAAGACAACUGUCAUUUGGAUGAAGAUGAUGAUAGAUGCGAAGAGUGGGAACGGCACGAGGCUUUGCAUGAGGACGUCACAAGCCAGGAGCGCGCAAAAGAGCGUCUAUAUGAGGAGGAGAUCGAACUGAAGUGGGAGAAGGGAGGCUCCGGGCUCGUCUUCUACACAGAUGCACAAUAUUGGCAAGAAGAAGAGGAAGGAGAUUUUGAUGAGCAGACGGCAGACGACUGGGAUGUGGACAUGAGCGUCUACUACGACAAAGACGGGGGUGACAAGGAUGCUCGGGAUUUGGUCCAGAUGCGGUUUGAACAGAGGCUCCGGGAUGGCUUGGAAGAUGGGUCUGUUCUGGAACAACAGAUCGGGACCUUUGAAAAAUAUACCAAGGGUAUCGGCCGGAAAGUGCUGGAGAGGCAGGGCUGGACUGAGGGUCUCGGCUUGGGCAGCAGCAAUUCGGGGAUGCCCGAAGCUCUUGACAACGAGGGCCAGAAUCCCAGAUGCAAGAGAGGCUUGGGGUACCACGGUGAGAAGCUCCAGACUUUCGUCAAGCCCAAGAGGCUUUGCAGGGACAGCCACAUUCUCAUAUCCACCGUUUAUGAUGACCCCCAUCCUGUGGACACAGGGGAGCAGCUGCUUCGGCGCCCACUGCCUAUCAGCAUGAAGUAUCGGCGAGAUGUGGCAUUUGUCCAUUCUGCGCACAGUGUGCAUCACAGCUCCAGUUCCUCAUGA